AAGAUCACACAAGCAAGCAGAGGAAGUGAAAAGACUAUGGCUCUGAAAGGUAUUCUCGGUUUCGAACACGGGAUAGUUCAGGCGCCGUUAGGACCUGAUAUCUCCGGUCCGGAGCUUGUAGCCGCCGUCGCUAACGCCGGGGGGAUCGGUCUUCUCCGAUGUCCUGAUUGGGAGUGCCCUGAUCACGUGAGAGAGAUGAUAAGGAAGACGAGGACAUUGACUGAUAAACCAUUCGGGAUCGGUGUUGUUCUUGCGUUUCCUCAUGAGCUCAACGUGAAGACGAUCUUGGAAGAGAAGGUUGCUGUGUUGCAGCUUUACUGGGGUGAAUGUUCUAAGGAGCUUGUUGAUGAUGCUCAUAGUGCUGGAGUCAAAGUUGUUCCUCAGGUGGGGAGUGUUGAAGAAGCUAGAAAGGCUGUUGAUGUAGGAGUAGACGCGAUUAUUGUUCAAGGGCUUGAAGCAGGAGGGCAUGUUAGAGGGAAGGAUGGUCUCUUUUCAUUGUUGCCAAGAGUAGUUGAUCUGGUUGGGGAAUGCGAUAUUCCGGUUAUCGCUGCUGGAGGGAUUGUUGAUGCACGUGGUUAUGUUGCAGCUUUGUCACUUGGUGCUCAAGGUGUCUGCCUAGGCACAAGGUUUGUGGCGACGCAUGAGAGCUACGCACACCCAAUAUACAAAAGGAAGUUGAUCGAAUAUGAGAAAACCGAAUACACAGAUAUCUUCGGACGAGCAAGGUGGCCUGGGGCACCACAACGUGUUCUGGAGACGCCUUUCUUUGAUGACUGGAGAUCUCUUCCUUCCGAUGAGAAUGAACUCGACCAACCUAUUAUUGGACGUUCCACAAUUCAUGGCGUCGAAAAGGAGAUAAGACGAUUUGCAGGAACUGUACCCAACAUGACAACAACGGGUGACUUAGAGAGCAUGGCGAUGUAUGCAGGCCAAAGCGUAGGCCUCAUCAAAGAGAUUUUACCGGCUGGAGAGGUAGUGAAAAGUCUUGUGGAAGAAGCUCAGCUUCUGAUUCUCAAAAAGUUCAAAAAUGCUACCUGAUGCAGUUGCAGCAUCAUAUCGUGAGAGAACAAAAACUUUACUGCUUUUGGAAUCUUCUUAGUAUAAUAAGUGGCGGAAGCAAGUGAUGAGGAAUGGGGUCACAUGCCCCCAACUAAAUUUUAUUUUUCUGCAGUAAUUACUUUUAAUUUAAGAAAUGCUCCUUAAUCCUACUACUAGACGUAAUGAAAUAAAAUGGUGUGCCCCCAUCUAAUAAUAACUCAGCAUCCGCCCCUUAACCCUUCUGGAUAUCCUGUGUUGUUUGCUGUCGAUAGAAAUAUAGUGUUCUUGCUAUGUACUUCCUUGUACAACC